AUUUACUUGAAAUACCAACUGCAACAAUGAGGAAGAGGCAGGGAGAGAGAGAAGUAUAUAUUCCGGAGCUCAACCAUUCAGCACACAAAGGCUCACCAGCUCCCUACCUACUCCUGCUUCCUCCAGGAACCCAGAAGUUCCAGAUCACACCAAGGUCACCAUGAAUUCACUCAGUGGUGCAAUCACCCAGUUUGGGUUGGAUCUGUUCCAAGAAUUGAGAAAAUCGGAAAAGGGUAACAUCUUCCUUUCCCCUCUAAACAUCGCAUCAGCAUUGUCCAUGCUCCUCUUGGGUGCCAGAAACAACACUGCAUUACAAAUUGAGAAGGUUCUUCACUUAAAGGAAGUCACAGAGAACACAAAGGCUGACAGUACGGGAAAUGUGCAUGACCAAUUUCAUAAGCUUCUGACUGAAUUAAAGAAAUCCACUGGUGAUUAUCAACUGAACAUUGCCAACGGGCUCUAUGGAGAAAAGACGUUCCAGUUUCUUCAGGAGUACGUGGAUAAUAAUAAGAAAUUCUACCUAGCAUCUGUGGAAUCUGUUGAUUUUGUAAAUGCUGCAGAAGAAAGUGAAAAGAAGAUCAAUUCCUGGGUGGAGAGCCAAACAAAUGGAAAAAUCAAGGACCUGUUCCCCAAAGGCUCUCUUGACAGCAGCACCAUAUUGGUUCUGUUGAAUGCAGUGUAUUUCAAAGGGCAGUGGGCUGAGGCAUUUAAAAAAGAAUAUACUGAAGAAGGCGAGUUUUGGGUGAACAAGAAUGAGAGCAAACCUGUGCAGAUGAUGAAACAAAGUGCGCUCUUUAACUUAGCCUUCCUGAAGGACGAGAAGGCCAAGAUCCUUGAAAUACCAUACAAAGGCAAAGAUCUAAGCAUGUUUGUGCUGCUGCCAGAUGAAGUAGAUGGUCUACAGAAGCUUGAAGAUAAACUCACUGCUGAGAAAUUAAUCAAGUGGAUGAGCUCAGCAAAUAUGAGGAAGAGAAACGUGGAUCUGUACUUACCUCGGUUCAAACUGGAGGAGAGCUACAAACUCCAUACCCAGCUGGGAGACAUGGGGAUGCAGGAUGCCUUCAGUAACCACGCCGACUUCUCGGGCAUGACUGGGGGAAGGGGUCUCAAAGUAUCUAAAAUUCUACACAAGUCCUUUGUGGAUGUGAAUGAAGAGGGCACGGAGGCGGCAGCUGCCACCGGCACACAAAUAGUUGUAACGUCAGCACCAAUAUAUGAAAAGUUCCAUUGUGAUCACCCUUUCUUAUUCGUCAUCAUGGAGAAGGAUACUGAAAGCAUUCUCUUCCUCGGUGCAGUGUCUUCCCCUUAGGAGCUAUUAGCCUGGCACUACUUUAGGACCAAGGUCACAGAGAUAGCAAAGUGCUUACUGGAAACAACAGGUUCCUUUCAAUCUGUCUUCCUUUCAAAUCUCCUAUCAUCACUAAGAAUUUGAUGGUUAAAACCACAUGGCUAUAAGCCUGUCUCUCUUCUUCCCACACAUAUGUAGACACACUUUUUUUCCCAUGAAAAUUCCAUUUGGGAUAAAAUGUUCAACUUCAAGGUGAGAGAGAAGGAUAUUUCAAUACUGUAUCUUUCCAAAAUUUGAAAUAUCAUUCUGUUUGUGACGUGUUUAAAAUGUACUAAACCAAAUAAGAACUGCUCUUCAAUUAGCUGUCUAAAUUUCUUUGAAAUUGGGUGAAAUCUGAGGGUGCUUAGAGCUCUAAAUUUUGCCUCCUAUAAAAUACAUAUAUCAAUAAAACCAUGCCUUAUUAAAAGUA